CACGCACACAUGGAGCCGUAUGUGGUUCCUCUGCCGGUGGCCGAGCCGGGGCUCUGGCGCCUGGCCGACAGCGCCUUCCGCGCGAGUGACGUCGAGCGUCCGGACGCCCGGGCGCCGGAGCUGGCGCUGGUCCUGCCGCCGGCGGUGCACCGGCCGCCGGUCGGGGACCUGGUGUGCUUCAUGUGCUCGGCCGGGUCGGGGCGCGGCGCGGCCGAGGCGGGGCUGCGCUUCAAGACGGCCGGGACCUUCCGCAACCACCUGGCCUCGGCCGGCCACCAGGGCGCCGAGCAAAAGUGGCUGGCCAGCCCGGCGCGGCUGGACGCCUUCCUGCAAUUUGGCCCCGGGCCGACGGGCGCCCCGGCGCCGGGCCGCAAUGUGGCAGCCACCACGCGCGAGCUGGUGCGCGUGUCGACGCUGGUGACCGAGCACCUGCCGACGGUGCUGGGGACCGCCUGUGCCGAGCAGCGGCGCGGCCGGCUGGACAAGUCGGCCGGGGCCCUGCUUUCGGUUGCGCGUGAGUACGCCAGCUUGGGGAACAUCCAGGAGGCGGCGGCGCACAUGCUGGCGUGCGUGCAGCUCGGGGAGCUGGCCCUGCAGGGGGCGCCGGAGCCGGGCACCCGGCGGGAUUCGCUGGCUGGCCGGCAUCUGACCCUGCUGCGGCUGAUGGCGCCAUUUGGCUUUGGCCGGGUCCGGCGGCCGGGCGGCGGCCGGUCGGCUCCGGGGGACAUGGUCUCGGGUGUGGCGGUGUUGGCCGCCUCCGGGGUGGCUCUGCUGGGGCAUGUGUGCGCCGGGGCCGGUGGCGGCCCGCCGGCGAUCCCGACCCCGGAGUCGGUCGACGUCUGGCUGGCGGCCGGCGGCAAGCCCGGCAAGGCGGCCGCCAUGGCCGGGGCCAAGCUCGGCCCGCUGGGACCACUGCUGGCGUGCCUGGAGGCCGAGGCCGACCGGUCGCUGUUGACCGGGGGCCUGGCUGGGCGCUUUGCCGGGGCGCCGCUGGGCGAUGCGCCGGUGGCGGCGCGGCUGCUGGAGGGCGCUGGGCUGCUGCUGGCGGCGGGGCUCGGCCAGCCGGGGCCGGUGGGACGGGGCGCCGGGCCGGGCUGGCUGCUCCUGUCGCUGGCCCGGCUGCUGGCGUGGGCGUGCCUGCGGGCGGCCCUCCGGCCGGCGGCCGAUGAUGUGCCAGCGGCGCUGGGCAGUCUGCGAUGGGGGUCUGACGGGUCCGGCGUGCGGGCCGUGCUGCUGCUGAUCGAGAUCGAGACGGCCCUGCUGGGGCAGCAGCACGAGCCGGGGCAUGCGUCGGCGCUGAAGUGCGUCCGGGCGGCCGGUUCCACGCGGGGGGCCCCGCCUCUGGCGGCCUCGGUUGCGGGCUGGCGGCUGUGUGUCCUGGCGGCCGGGCCGGGCCCGGGGGCCGGGGGCUUCACGACCUUCGCCCUGGGGUCCGAGGCGGUGUCCGUGCGGGAUCGGCGCCUGCUGCGCGUCGAGGCGGGCGCGCUGGUCGCCGGCGCCCGGGACCUGCUGAGGCUUGGCCCGGCGGAGGCGGCGGCGGAGGCGGCGGAGGCAGCCGUCGCCCUGGCCGGGGUCCUGGCUGGCGUGGCCGUCGGCCUGGAGCAGGGACGCCUAGCCGAGGACCUGGUCGAGUCGCUGGCCCGGGGCAUCCUCCCCGGGGCGGAGGCCAGCUGGCCGGGCGCCUGGCAGGCGGUCCUGCGGCUGGGGGCCCUGCAGCAGGGGCAUGGCGUGGCGCCGGAGAACGGCCGCCCCGGGCGGGCGUGGCACUGGCAUCCGGUGGCGGAGCUCUUGCGCGCGGCGGCCGGCCCGGUGGCCGGUGCCCGGCCGGAGCACACGGUCCUCGGGCGCCGGCUGGCGGAGGCCCUGGCCCAUGUCUACCCGUGAGGCGCGGGGGCAAAUGGACCUGCUUGUCUGUGCUGUGUGGCGGGCG